UGGUCGUCACAUAUUGUGCUUUUACUUUUACGUGAUUCGCGAAAGCUUACCACAGAUAUAUUAUAUAAUUUUAUUAAAAUCGUCAGGAUUAAAUUUCGUGAGUAAUUUAAGAAUAUCAUUAAAGGGAAAACUAAAAGUAAAAAGAUACCAGAUAAUCAACAUGUCUGAAACCAGACAAUAUCGUCCUAUGAAGUAUCCAUAUACCCUUUUUGGAAAGAUUGCUCAAUUUCCAUUCAAAUAUUAUAUGCAGCACAGUUGGUUGUUUAAAUAUACAGUAUUCGCUGUAGGAAUAUCGUUGCCGAUAUUUUAUAAAAUACAAAAGUUAUCAUAUUCCCCUGAAAAUGUUCAGAAAUGGGAUAAAAUCCAUAGAGAAAUGUUUGAAGGCACUGGUCAUCAUUAAAGUGGAAAUACAAUCAUUAGAAAACUGUGUUAAAAAAUGAAUGUACGAGAAAAAAAAACCUCUAUAAUCUCUAUAUAUAAUUAGAAAAUAUAAAAAUCUUUUACCCUCUCUCUACAUAUGCAGAUAGUUUGCAGGAGAGGUAGAGAAGACCGCUUUAAAAAGUUCAUUCGAGAUUUAUGUAUUACCAAAAUAAUCGUAUAAAAUAUACAUGAUUAAAAAGAA